AUGAAUACCUCAGAAAAUUCCCAGUAUUAUGUGACACCUGAAGGAUAUGUAGGAGCUCCCAUGCCAGAGUUAAUAAAGGAUGCACUGGAUUUGGAUUUGAAUUUGGACAUGUAUAAUUUUCCUGAGGACAUGAAUAAAGAAGAUAUGGGGAUCUUAAAUACAACUCUGGAUGGAAUUGUGAACAUGCUGUCUGAUCUGGAUAACAAGAUGAAUCAAAUGAACACCAAGAUGAAUGAUCUUGAUAACAAGGUGAAUGAAUUGAACACCAAGUCAAUAACAGGAAAGACAAAAAAUGAGAGGAAGGGAACCACUUACCAGAAAAAAGAAGGACCAGGGGGAUCAGGAGAGAGCAGUACUGCCGAUGGUAGGAAGAAAGCAAAUUUAGCUGCCUAUGCUUGGAUGAAAGGCGUGACGUUUCAUGCCUACCCAGGACCCCAUCGCAAUCCGUCGCUCCGACGCAGAUGGCUCAAUCAGAUUUUCCGUGAAGAAAGAUAUGAUCCUGGAAGGCAUCACAGAGUAUGUUCCUUACAUUUCGUUGAUGGCUGUCCAUCUGAACAACAUCCUGUACCUACCUUGUUUCCUCGAAAUAACUUUGGAGAAGGCCCACCAUUGAAGAGAAGCAGGAAAUCCAUUGCCAAAAGGGAAAUCCUAAAGGAUCUCAACAAUAACACUGCAGAUUGCCAACCUCAGAGUGUCACUCUACUUAAUGAUGGAAGUGUUAUCCCUUUGCCUGUACAUAGUGAGUGCACGGUCAGUACCACCAUAGUGAAUGAAGAGAAUGCGAAAGUGAAGCAAGGAAAAGUAGCAACAAACCAGGAACAAAAACUGCACACAGAUCAUGAAUACAGUAUUGCACAUAGAAAUUACCCAGAGUACAGUAAUGCAGAAGUCCAAACAGAUCUUUCUGUAUAUGACAUAAAUAUCAUGGAGUCAGAGAGUGCCAGUAUACUUGAAAAUGCAUGUAAGAAACUCAAAUAUUGGUCUGGCAAAGAUAGCAUGGAUGACAAGCACUAUGAAGAGGGCAGUGCUAGAAAACCUGGUCCUGAAAGAAAGCUCACAGUGUUCCAUGAAUACCUUCUUACGCUACUUCGAAUUCGUCAGGACUUAAACAUAGGUAUUCUUAAGGAUAUAUUUGGAAUAUCUGAGAGUCGUGUGUCCCAAAUCUUCAAUACUUGGAUAAAUUAUAUGUAUCGAGUGUUUGCUCCUCAGAUUAAAUGGCCAUCCAUGCAGAAAAUACGGAAAUAUAGGCCCAGGUCCUUUAAGGCAUCUUUUCCUAAUACUCGUGUAAUUAUUGAUUGUACUGAGGUAUUUAUCCAGAAACCUAGAAGUCCAACAGCUCAAAGCCAGACAUACAGUAACUACAAGAAUCAUAAUACUUUUAAAGCGCUAGUGGGCAUAACUCCUUCUGGAGCAUUUUCCUUUGUAUCCGAAUUUUGGGGAGGAAAUGUAUCUGAUAGAUUUAUAACAGCAAACAGCGGUUUUCUAGAUAAGAUUUCACCAGGUGACGAGGUGAUGGCAGAUCGUGGAUUUGUUAUAAGAGAUUACUUGUUGGAACGGAAAGCAAAAUUAGUGAUUCCACCAUUCACUAAGAAAUGUGCUUGGUGA